GCCAGAAGAAAUAUCACAAAACAAUUCAUCAGCAAAACAUCGAAGGAUCAGAAGAAAUACCACAAGACAAUUCACCAGCAAAAUGUUAAAGAACCAGAAGAAAUACCACAAGAUAACUUACCACAACUACAAGACAAUUCACUAGUAAAUGCUAAAAGAUUAGAAGAAAUCUUACAAAACAAUUUAUCAGCAAAUGCUAAAAAACUAGAAAAAAUACCACAAGAUAACUUACUAGCAAACACCAAAAAACUAGAAGAAAUGCUACAGAGCAAUUCACAGCAAACACUGAAGGACGAAAAAAACUACCACAACACAAUUUACAA